GUAUCGAGUUAGCUGUGUAAGUAUUAGCCGUGGAAACUGGAUACUUCAUCGCACCAUUGACGACCGACCACGACGGGACUUGGCCAUGAACGCGCAGGUGCAAAUGAGCGGCAGUAGUAGUGCAGGCGGCUACUGCGUCAGAUCGACAGCUAGCAAAAGCAACAGUUUGUACACUCCUACUUGCCCGGCAAGCGACAGGGAGGAGGAAGUCGAAAAUAGUGAACCAGAUUUGAGCGAUUACUACUCUGACAGCGGAUAUCCCACGAGACCUCGGCCGAGACACAUUCUCUGGACGUCUUCGUCGCGCCAGUUCCGAACUGUCGUCGCAGAGAACGGGGUGCAGAGGAGAGCGGCGCCCACGGCCAACGGCCACCGGUCGAGCGACUCCCUUGACACGAGCAGAAGCCGUAGACUCUCGGUACCGGCUGUACUAGGUCCGGCGGCCAGGGAAGUAACAAGUGUGAAAACCAAGGCCUUUAGUAAGCUCCGGAGCCUGAGAAACAAUCGUAUUAUCCCGGUUUCCAGUCCGGAUCGGCAGCGACCGCCCAGUUCCCUCGUCACCAACUGCCUCAGUGCCAACGGCAACAAAGGACUGAACGUCCUCACGAGUCCCGAGGAAGAAAGAAAGCCGAAGCAGCUGCGAAGUUUCUCUGUGCCUUCGGGGAGCGCCUCGGACGUGGAAGACAUGUCGCAAGGCAAGCUGAAAAAGGCCAAGAAGGUCGGGAGAGCUCUCUCCUUCUCCCUCGGGACGGGGGACAAGAAAAAGAGAGCGCGCAACAUCUUCGGGGCCCUGAGUCGUGGUGGGGAGACCGCGGCAAUGAACGAACCGCCGCAGGUGACCCAGAGCCCUGUACUGAUGAGCAGGAAGCGAGUGGCCGGCGAUACCAGCACCAUCUACGAGGAAGAUAGAGGUAGUCUGAGCUCCGCCGACGAGGGAGAGGAUCGGCUGGGAAGCCUCGGCUACAUCCACGGUAAUCGCUUCGGGUCUUGUCGCGAGCUAACUUCGUUGGGGUUGGAGAAAGAGGAGGCUAAUCAGCAGCGCCUCAGGCCGCUCUCCUCGAGCAAGCACAAGAGACCGUCUCUCCCCAGCUUCACAAAACUUCCAGCUGGCUCCGAGGAACCUCAGUGCCUCUCCUCUUCUCUUCCAAGAGACGCAGCUCCCCAGAACUCCAGUGAGGGAUCCCCUGGCCCCAGUCCUCCCUCCUCUCCCUCUCGAGGGAAGGUCCUCCGCAGGAAGCUCUCUGAUCCAGGCUCGGCACCCAGCACGCCAGAGACAGGCAACAGUCCGACAAACGAGCGGAGACGUGCCAACAGAGCAGAGGGUGGAGGUGGAGGUGGGCUGAGCAGAGCUAACAGGCCCCUGCGUAAAGGAUUCACAUUCUCCGUGGGUGGCUCCAACCUUUCUCCGGACUGGAAGGAGAUGAGGCACCACGUGGUUCGGUUUCUACUGGAGACGGAGCAGUCAUAUGUACAGAGUCUGCGCACAAUCAUAAAGGUGUACCUCGAGCCACUGAAGAAACCACAAGCGUUUGGAAUGAUUGAUUCAUCUCUAGUGAGGGAUAUAUUCUACCAGAUCCCGGAGAUCUGCGGUCUCCAUGAGAGGUUUCUGCUGCAGAUCAGCCAGCGGACGGAGCGCUGGCAUCCUCUCCAGAAGAUUGGAGACGUUUUUGUCAACACUUUUUCAAAGUGCCAUCUGAUGAACAUAUACACAAUGUUCAUCCACAAUUUCAUGAGGGCCAAGGCAGCCAUUGAAAUAGCAAAGCAAGCUCGACCUGUCUUUGCCAAGUUUAUAGAGCGCUCCAAAGCCAGCACGGGGAAACUGUCUCUGGACGACCUUCUGAUAAAGCCAGUCCAGAGGAUCCCUCGCUACCUCCUCUUUAUCAAAGACCUCCUCAAACACACGUCAGCCAACCACCCUGACCACGCCCCCCUCCAUCAGGCUCUGGAGGAACUGAAGGGACUAGUGGAGAGGGUCAACGAGAGCGAGAGAGAGAUGGCCAGGAGUGAGAAGCAGAGGGAACUCCUCACCUCAGUCGACGGGCUGGCUCUGUUUGUUCGACCGGAGUCGGAACUGGUGAGGUAUGAUCUGGUCACCGAGGCCCAGGGCUCCGCCCACAAGAGGGACAGGUUCCUCAUUCUGUUCUCAGACGUCAUGGUCUGUGCCUCAACACGGCGCAAGAGCACUGGACUCAGGAGAAGCUCUCUCCUGUAAGUCCUUCUUUCCCUCUCCACUUCAUUUUCUAUUUCCAUUUUUUGUCUUGCCAUUACUGACCCCCUUUUCCCCACCCUCACACACACACACGCACACACAGCAACCUCAGCACACUCCAGCCCGACACCUUCAGAUACAAGAUCAAAUGGAGCACGCCACUCAAGCACCUCUCAAUGGGGGAAGUCCAAGCUCCAAUGGUGGAGAGGAAGAAGAAGAACACACUGGACAAGAUGGUUGAGAACCUGGGAAAAGACGAGGCCACGCUGACACAGCUCCUGGAGACCAGCAACACUCUCAGGCAGCCUCAUCAGCCACUGAGCUCUCUACUAAAGGACAUGCUAUCAGAGGUGAGACAGAGCAUAUCGGACAAGAAGGCGGAGCUUGAAAACCUUCCUCUCCUCCACUCCAGAGUCGACCUCAUGUGCUACAACAGUCUCCCUCCGACGCAGUAUUCCAUCAUUUUCCCGUCUCAGAAGAUCAGAAACUCGUGGGAAGAGGACUUCCUCAAAGUGAAGAGAUCCACGUGCUCCCCACUGCUGGCCGCGCCCCAUUCGUCUCGUAGCUCACCUCAGCCGUCGGACGAUGGAGGGUUUGAAUUCCUUCAUCCUCUCCACGUGCAGUCUGGCCGAGCUCUCCCUUGUUCUACAGUUGUCAUGUGCAGGUGUCGGUCUCCCUGGCGACGGAGCGUCGUACCACAAUCUCUGGGUGGCCUGUUGCGACGGGUACGGAGGUCAGGUGUGUCUCCUUGACCUGGAGACCUCCACCAGGCCUCACAUGGUGGCCAACAUCACUGUCAGUGACUCCAAGAUCCUCUGCAUCUCCGCCAUACCUGUUCAAGACUCUGACAACGAUCGCCCUUCUACCGCUCUCUCUCUGGAGUCCGACGGCCUGUCUACGAAUUUGGACGUCCCGUUAGAGGAUGGGUCUGAUAAUUUGGAUGUCCCAUUGGAGGAUCGGACAGUCCCGGUAGUUUCUCCUGAGCUGGUGGGGAAGGUGACACAGUCAAUGCCAAGAGACAUUCGUGGAUCUCUGAUAACUUCAUUUUCUUCUGACUCGUCCUCCACAACUCCAUCACUCAGUCGCUCCCCUAGUCUCACUAGCACUCGCAGUGAUCCCCGCACCGACCCCACCGAUGAUGUCAUCCCCAUAGACCCCGCCCCCAUCCACCAGAUUGCGUUCGGGGGUCACGAAGACGGCAGCCCGAGAAAGAGAAACGGGUUUCAUCGCGUCUGUUCCAACUCGGCCCCGGACCUCCUGAAAGUGGUAGCAGCUGAUGUUUCGCCGACUGAGGAGGGAUUCAGGAGGAGGGGUGAGCGAGGAGCCACAUCUCUCUCUCCGCCACCCCCCAUUGAUCCCAAGUACUGGAAGAUGAGAUCGCCACCCAUUGUGGAGGGGCUGACAAAGGAAGAGAGUGGGGUGGAGGAAGGGAGGGGUUCCAGCAUGUGGCUGGGAACUGAGGGAGGUCAGAUCCUGGUCUACCAUCCCGGCAGCAACCUCCGAUCUCGCAGCAAUCGCUGCACCAUCCAACUCCCAGCCUCAGUCCACUGCAUCAGGUACCACAGAAGAAAGGUGUUUGCUGGUUUAGCUGACGGAAAAGUGGCCGUUUUCGACCCCCAGAAUCCCUCCGGAGGCCACACCCACCUAAUUAGACUCGACUCCACCCCCAUUGUCGCAUGUCGUUCCCUGGGAAGACGGCUGAUGGUUGCCUCGCAGUCCAGAGUCUUCCUCAUCAACACUGCAACCAUGGAGGCCACUGUGAGUCCUCUCUUAGAUUAUAGCUAGUGGAGUGUCUUUGAGAGUCUGUUUUCUCUCUCUCUCUUUCAGCCUGUCUUAUCUCUGCCGGAAGGUCAGCUGAUAGGGUGUGUGGAGAGUGCUGGUGGUGAGGACAGGGAGGGUGGGGAGAGGGUAUGGGUGAGUGUGAGGGACAGACCUCUGUUACAUCUCUAUCACCUCCCCACCUCCUCCCUCCUCACCUCACUCGACUGCUCACAAAAGCUCCACGAAAUACUCAGAGGAUACCAUCCACUGAUCAGACAGAACAAGACGUCAUCUCUGAGAGUGACAUCUCUCCUCAUCUCCCAUCACCAGCUCCUUAUCGGCACAAGCACAGGAGUCAUCCUCACCCUCCCUCCCCUCCCCUCAUCCCCACUCUCCCCUUCCCCACACCUCUCACACCUCCCCCACGGGCACACAGACUCCAUUGCAUUCCUCACCGAACUCCAGUGUCGCGAUUCCAUUCUCGUUCUGAGUGGUGGAACCGGGUAUGAGAAUCUGACCACGAAAUCCUUGAGUGCACACAAGAUAUCCCAGACAGCCAGCUGCCUGUUGCUAUGGAAACCAGUCAGUACAAAAGACAGUGCAGACUAGCAACCACCGAAUCGUCCUGUUUCAGAGGAUAUUUUAUUUAUCAUGUGCAUUUCAUGUUGUUAUAUGUCCUAACUGUUGAGCCAUAAUAUGUCCACCACACCGUAAUAAUAAUGAUAUAGACCGUGGUAAAAUAUUAACCAAUGAAUUUUGAUAUCACACCGAAUGAGAAUGAUGAUCUGCAGAACCAGUGAAUGCAGAGAGUGAAUGGAACUCUGUGUUUGAGAAGUGGGAGGGUGCAGUGAGGGGGGUGGUCUAGUCAAGUGCAUCAUCGUCAAAGAUGUCCUCAAAACCUGCAUGGUUGAAGAGAACCAGUGUUACGGAGGUGACAGUGAGGAUCCCAGGCUAUGCCUACUGUUGAAGAAGUCGAUGUGAACAGCUCUAUCGUUCUGAGACAGAUCAGUAGUAAUGGCUGUCCCGCCCUGUGGUUGUUCAUACGACAGAGAAAGUAU